AGUGCCCCCUACUCACACCAUCACCACCAUUAUUGCAUUAACCGAGUCUUUAUGUGCUCAAAAUGCAAAUGCCACCAACCCUGGUGGCGCCGCCUGCUCUGCCGCCGCCGACUCCUCAUCAUCACCUCCACCAUCCUCAUUGUUGUCCUCACGACCGCCACCGCCACCGUUACUGCAUGGGCGGUACUCCGUCCACGCAAACCCAGCAUCACCCUCCAAGACAUCACCAUUUCCGCAUUCAACGUCUCCAUCGCCAGUGACAACCAAACCUACCUCCUGAGCUCCACCUUCCAGGUCACCGUCUCCUCUCGCAACCCAUUUGGCAACCGCCACUCCAUCCUCUACGACGGCCUUCGCAUCCACAUGUCUUACCAUGACCAGCAGAUCACGCCCGCGACGCGCCUGCCUCCUACCUAUGAGGGUCGUGGAGGGGUCGACGUGUGGUCACCUUUCGUGUGCGGGGUAUCCGUGCCCAUCGCUCCAUACAACGCCCUCGCAUUGAAGCAGGACCAGAGCGACGGAUUUGUCAUCAUGAAGGUGAAGCUGCAAGGACACGUGAGGUGGAGGCCAGGGUUCUUCACGUUCGGAGGCUUCAUUUCAGUGGAUUGCCCUGCGUAUAUCCCCACAGGGAGUGAAAACAGAGGAGUUCCACUUGGUUUUAAUGCUGUUAAGUAUCGGCUGAUGCAGAGCUGUAGUGUUAGCCUGUGAAGGAGAAGGACAAGCACGAGCUUUAUGCCCAUCCAUACCUGGUUUUAACCUCGAUACAUGUAGCGCUGCAUAUCUUCAUCUUUAUUGCUAAUGUACUUGCGCAUAAUAAACCAUUUAUCUCUCGAAUUCAUCUAUCUCAUACUACUGACAAGACAAGACGACCAUUGAGAUUAGUCACUAACUACACAGGCUCUUAUUUCAUU